AUGGUGGGUCCGCACUUGCUCGUGGUGCUGGCAGCGGUGCUACUGAGCGCGCAAUGUGCAGCCAAGACGACGUCCUUCUGGCCACACAUCCAAGCGAUUGAGGCACGAUCCGUCGCAACCACGGUGCGCGAUCUCGAGCCGCGCAAUCCGCCGCUGGCCAACGGCCAUUCGUCGGUGAGAUGUACGCAUCCCAUGCAGCGCGUCUCGUGGUACACGCUCACGGACGCCGAGCGUGCAUCGUGGACCUCAAGCUUCAGACAGCUUAGCGAGCCGGGCAAGUCGAUCUUUAUCAAAGGCGGUAGCUUUAUGGACGAUCUCACGCUCGUGCACAUUGGGUUGCAGGAGGAACUGCACUACAACUCGUGCUUCCUGCCGUGCCACUCUGCGUUCCUGCGCGCGUUUUACAGCCUCAUGCGUGUGUCGGGCUACCAGGGCCGCGAGGCAUACUGGGACAUCGAACACGACUGGACGCACGGCAUCCAGAACGCCGCGCUGUGGACAUCCCUCGGCGGCGAUGAUGGUAAAGGCGGACCGAUCCCCAGCGGUCCGUUUGUGGGAUCGCAUUGUGGCUUGUUGCCCAACACCAAGAAGCCGGGAUACUCGGUGUACAAGCCCCAUCCGGUCACGAGGCACUUUAACGGCGAUUGGAUAGCCAAACCGCUCACGCGGGGCGACAUGUACACGGCCCACUUCAAUCGAACCAUCAUCAACACCUUCCUCUCUGCGCCCGAUUAUGCCACCCUGCGUCGAAGUCUGGAGGACAACAUCCAUGCCUGGUUGCAUCAAGCCAUCGGAGGCGAAAUGUGGCUGUUUAGCGCUACGUGCGAGCCGGCCUUCUGGCUGCUGCAUAUGGAGAUCGACCGCAUCUGGAGAAGUUGGCAACACCUCCAUGGGACGUACUUCCAGUACGCGGGACAUAGGCGCAUCAGACACAAGGACGGAUCCACCGAGAUCAAGGUCGCAAGCUUGGAUGAUCCCAUCGACUUUUACGGGCUCUUUGAAAAGGUGACUGUACGAGACGUCAUGCAUCCCAGACGCGGCAUCAUGUGCUUCCGCUACGAACACCUCUACAACAACCAGCUCGACACCGGUCGUUGA